AUGUUAAAGAGAAAAAAAUCACCAAGAUCUGCUUCUCCAUCUUCAUCACCUCCACAUCAAUCACCAAUUCUUCAACAACAACAACAAGAACAACAACAACAACAAGUCAAAUCUUUGAGUACAUCCAAUAACUCCUCCUCUUCCUCUUCCUCUUCUUCUGUCACUGUUUCUUCUUCAUCAUCACCUUCAAGUGAUACAACUGCUUCUGAUCAAAAGUCGCUAAAACAAAACAACAACAACAACAACAAUAAUGGCAAUGUAAAGUUAAAAAAGAAAAAAUCACACAAGAACAAUGGGACUCCAUCUUCAUCACCACCAACCAAGAGUUUGAACAAUCUCGCAGAAAAAUCAAACAAUGAAAAGAAUACACAAAAAGAAUAUAAAAAUUUAGAGGAUCUUCACCUAACAACAACAACAAACAGUAUUAAUAGCAACAUUAAAAAAUCAAAUCAAGCAUCCGAAUUUAUUCCAUUAUCCUCAGCACCUGUACAAAUUCAAAAUAGCCAAACAAAUCAACACCAUCACAACAACAACACCAACAACAACAAUAAUAAUAAUAACAACAUCGUUACUCAUCGCAAAUCAAACGGUGGAGAAUCAACAUUUAAUGGUCGAAAUUAUAAAUCCAAAUCGAUUAUUCCACCACUGUGGCUACAAGGAUUGUACAAUGCAGAAGAGCUUUCAAAGUUGGAAUUGGAAAAAGAGAUUGUAAUGUUUUACGACUGGUUGGCUCCAAACCCGCUUGAAAACAGAUUGCGACAAAAAAUAGUACACGAUGUUGAAUCCAUCAUCAGAGAAAGUUGGCCACAUGCAGAGAUCCAUAUUUUUGGAUCAUUUUCAACCGAUUUAUGUAUACCUUCAAGUGAUAUCGAUAUUCAGAUAUCAGGUAUUAACGACCGCCCAAAUAACACCAGCGCCAACAAAUCCUCCUUUAUUUAUGACCCAAUCCGUGAAUUUUAUAAUAUAUUAAAUCGAAAACACCACACCACCUACACCAACAUGAGACUUAUUGCUGGCGCUAAAGUACCCAUCAUUAAACUUGUACACAGAGACACUUGGUACAAUGUUGAUAUUUGUUUUGAUACUCCAAAUGGUAUUGAAAAUACAACUAUCGUCAAAUCUUUUUUAAAGAAAUACAAGUCAAUGAAAUUAUUAUUAUUAUUGUUAAAGUUUUUCCUUUUCCAAAACAAACUCAACGAAACUUACACUGGCGGUAUAGGUUCCUAUGCUUUGGCAUUGAUGGUUGCCAGUUAUGUCCAGCUUCGAUAUGUUCCCUAUCAAGAGAGGGUUAUUAACCCAAGAAGGGCACACUCAAGAGCACAUUUUAAACACGCUGGUGAUGACACUGAUUAUGGCGCAAUGGUAAUCGAGUUUUUAGAACUUUAUGGCAGAUCAUUUCAAUACACCCAACACGCAAUCAGCUUGGAGCACAAUGGAUAUUAUUACCAAAAAGAACCCCAGUUGGGGAUCUACCUAACCCUCAUUGACCCACACGAUCGUAACAACGAUGUUGGCAAAAACUCAUUUAACAUAUCCUUUAUACGUGGCGUAUUCACCAAUGCUCUGGUAAAGAUUGUAUCAACCGAUUUUGUAAAUGACAAGUAUCCUUCUAUCAUUUACCCAACCCUUUUGUCCCGUGUCAUUGACGAAAGGCAGGUUGAACAAAUUUCAAGAGACAGAAAUCGGGUAUUAAAGUUGGCUCAACAACUUUCUGAAAAUAAUCAAUUGCCUCUGUUGUCGAAUCAACACACACCCGAGUGCGACUUUGACAACAAACAACCAUUUGAAAAGGAUUUAUCAGAUGACGAUGAUGAUCAACAAGUUGAUGAAGAUAUUGUAAAUAAUCGUUUAACAUCAAGAUCUUUUGUAUCAGUUUCAUCUUCACCAUCUACUUCGUCGGACGAAUACUCUGACGAAUCGAUUCAAUUUAUUGAUUCAUCAUCAGAUGUCCAUAGUAGCAGCAGUAGUCACGGCGAUCAUCACAGCCACGACGGCUCAUCAGAUUCCGAAGUGUCAGACAAUGAUGAAGCUUUUUCAACAAACAAACAAGAAUCCAACAACAAUGACAAAAACUUUUUUGGUUGGUAA